AGCUGGUCUCCAUAAAUACGUGUACAUAAAUAAUGUCCGGUCACUGUCAUCGGCAUCGUCAACACCCUUCAGCUUCCGAUUCCAGGUACUAAGCACUCGACGCUGCAUAUUCUACGCGCAUUGCGGGACGCCUCAAGUUAUUGGGAACACCUCACAUACCCAAGUUCGAGCACUGAUUGCUUCUACCUUUAGUGCGAGAGUCAUUCUUCCGCUACUUGGUCUUCUGAUACUCAAAUCGCAUUGCUCAUGGCGCUCCGGCGGUAUACAACAUCAAUCGAUGGUACCAUCCCAGUUCCUGCACUCCUCUAUGACGAUGAAGAACAUCUGGCAUCCCAGGAUGGCGUAGGUAUAUAUGAUGGUCUGCAGAAAGCUCCCGACUAUCAGACAGGUUCUGUUCACGUCUCUACGCAUCGCCUAUUUUUCGUUCAUUCGCAGAACCCUACAUCAUAUUCUUUUACUAUGGAUCUACUUCAUGUGACACGGACGAAUUAUUAUGCUGGUUUGUUCAAGUCUUCGCCGAAGGUCUCACUCUUCCUCGACGCCAGCACUGCCUUACCUUUGACUACAACGUCCGGGCAGCGAACAGAAAUAUUCGAGAGCUGGGAAUGCGAAGUUUGCAGCCAUCGCAAUCCUCCAGGUUUGAGUCCAGCCGCAGCUCGAAUAUGUGCUCUAUGUGGCGUUCCGCGCAGCGCAUCUGCGGUGUCAACAGCGUCGGAGACAUCAUCUCAAAUUCAAUCCUUGUUCUCCUCUAUUCCCGAGUCUUCAUACACCUCUAUAUCUUCUUCAAGUUCCCCAGGACCUCCAUCUCCUCCAUCAACGAAUGAUGAUUCUGAUGGAAUUGCAUGUCCUGCAUGUACCUUCCUUAAUCACCCGUCUUUGCGUGUCUGCGAAAUAUGCACAACGCUGCUUCCCAAUAUUGAACAUGCCGGGAAUAUGAGGGCGAAAUCCGCCCCCUCCACUCGACCAGUAUCACCCAUAAGUGACAGCAUCGAUCCCGCGAAUCUCCUCAUCAAAUUAAGUUUCCGCAAAGGCGGUGACAAACCAUUUUACAACGUACUCAGGCGUGCACUUAGAUCUCGGGCUUGGGAGGGCAAACGAAUUGGUCAUAAUGCGAGAAGCGGGCCUUCUGGCCUUGCCAUUACAAACCCUAAUUACGGACCGACACCCGUUGCCAUGCGUCCUUCUGGAAUAGAUGGAAUUAUGCGUAACGUAGAAGCUUCGGCUUAUGUUACACAAACGGAUCUAAACGAUGCCCUGAAAGACUUAGAGGGGUUAAUGAUGAAAGCAAAGGAUCUCGUUCAUCUCGCGGGAGAGCUGAAUGAGAAACUUACUGCAUCCUCUACAAUAACUACGACAUCAACACUUGCUUCUCCAUUUCCAACGACCUCAUCCCCAUCAACUCCAGGCACCCAAUUGUCAAGUCCAUUUUCGGCGACCACGCUUGUUCCCUCUACGGAGCCCGAAGAAGCCAAAUUUAUACGUUCUUCACUUGCGCAGUUAGGUUUACAGAUGUCUAAUGCUCCCGUCACGCUGGACAUGAUCAGGGACGAAAGGAGAUGGGUAGAAGAGUUGGCGCGGGAACUGGCAGGGAUGUUGCAAGGAUUUCCGGAUGAUAUUCCCGGUCAGAAAUCGGUCGGAAUUAUGAAAGAUCGAGGGAUUGUUGGGUUAGAUGAGGUCUGGGGCGGAUGGAAUCGUGCGAGAGGCGUAGCAUUAAUUCCGCCAUCGACUUUUCUGCAAGUACUCCCUCACCUCCCGGCAUACACGUCACCGCCUAUCCGCAGCAGAGUGUUUAAUUCAGGCUUAUCCGUGCUCCAUAUUCCGCCUUACACCCACGCUUCGUUCACGGCUCGCAUAGUGGGUUAUCUCGCCAUGUCUGGUGUAAUGACAACAAGUCAGAUUGCCCGUGAAGAGAACAUCACGAUCGGCCUUGCAGAUGAAAUGAUCGCUGCUAUUGAAGCUGAUGGUGUGAUUUGCCGGGAUGAUGAAAGAUCGGCAAUCAAGGGGGGCGGAAGUGGGACUACAUCAGAAGUCAGGUGGUCGAGGAACCUCUUUCUGGAAUAUAUUUGGGAUGGUCAAUUGUGAAGAUGCUUGCAUUAAAGUUUGCAGCUACUGCCGUAUAGAUCGCAGGCGAGUUGUUGACGAGUGUUGGUUGGUAGAUACUGCGGGCCAUUAUAAGAAACGACUCGGGCAACUCGGGAGAGGUGGAAAAACGGCGUGACCCUACUAGCUCCGUCAGCAAAUAAUUGUGAAUGGAAGCCAUAACGUUGCUUUGGUAUGCGAGCGAAGAACUCGAGUUCUGGUCCAAACGUUUUUC